AUGGAUGGGGAAGAAGUUUGGGAUGGAGAAGAAGUUUGGAAUGGAGAAGAAUUAACAAAGUAUGGAGAAGAAAUUAAGGAAGAAGAAAAUGGAGUUAAAGAAGCAGAAGAAGUUAAGGAGGUUGGAGAAGAAGGGAAGGAAGGAGAAAAAGUUAAGAAUGAAGAACAAGUUAGGGAAGGAGAAGAAGUUAAGGAUGGAGAAAUAGUUUGGGAUGGGGAAGAAGUAAAGGAAGGAGAAGAAGUUAAGGAAGAAGAAGAAGUUUUAGAUGGAGAAGAAGUUAAGGGUAAAGAAGAAAGUAUGGAUGGGGAAGAAGUUUGGGAUGGAGAAGAAGUUAAGGAGGGAGAAAUGAUUAUGGAUGGAGAAGAAGUUAAGGAAGGAGAAGAAAUUAGGGUUGACGAAGAAAGUAAGGAUGGAGAACAAGUUAUGGACGAAGAAGAUGUUAAGGAAGAAGGAGAAGAAAUUAAGGAAGGAAAAGAGGUUAGGGAAUGA